UUUACUUUGCAUGUGUACAUAAGUGGAUGUGGGUAUGUAAGAGUAGGCACUUUCAUUACAUUAGAUAUACUCCCAGCAGCGCUAUAAAGUCAACAGUAGUAGUUGAGUAUUCGUGGAAUUGACGCAUAACUAGUUUACUUAGUCCACGUACGACGAAUUUAUAGUUCUAAUAAAGAUAGAAUUGGUCGUAAAUCAGCAAAUCAGUGCAAAACAUGUAUUAUCAAGGGUUUUUCUGGUUCUUAACUUACGCCUACCUACAAAUGGCGCAGAGCACAACGUUGGCGCACUUGAAAACACCACUCAAAAGCCAACACAGCAAUGAGCCGAAGAUAAUCAACGGCACCGAGGCGCAGUGGGACGGUACCAGUUAUCAGAUUUCGCUGCGUUUGACGGCGGGCGAAUGGCUUUUCGGCGCAGGCCACAUCUGCGGCGGUGCGCUGAUCUCACCAAGCGCCGUACUCACCGCAGCACAUUGCAUAUGGAUCGCCGGCUCCAAUCGUUUUCGCAAUGCCAGCGAUUUUUCGGUGGUCAUGGGAAAUUUGAAUCGUUAUCAGCGUGAUAACAAUACUUUGGUGUUUGGUGUGUCGAAGAUCUCGGUGCAUCGCGACUAUAACGCGACCAGCUAUAGGAAUGACGUGGCCGUGCUGCAUUUGGCUGUGCGUGUGCCGAUGAAUUUCACACGCGCUCGUGCAAUAACUUUAAAUCGCGACAUAAAUUUAAAUGCCAGCAACACCGUAUGCCAAGUGUCCGGCUGGGGACGCACCGAAAAUGGCGGUUACGCACCACAGCUGAUGGUGGUCGAUGUGGCCAUUGUGAACCGUACGCAAUGCGCUACCAAUUAUGGUGAAUUGGUGCGCGAUGGCAUGAUUUGUGCCGGCUAUAUGGAGGGUGGUCGUGAUGCUUGCGUUGGUGACUCCGGCGGUCCGUUGGUGUGUGGCGAUCAGCUGGCGGGCGUGGUGUCGUUUGGUGUGGGCUGCGCGCAGCCGGGCUUUCCGGGCGUUUACACGGACGUGGCCAGCUAUGUGCCGUGGAUAAACAAUGCGACGAAGGCUUUUGAAGAUGCUGCCGGCUUCAGCGAUGAUGGAUUGGGCAAUAGCGGUGUUGUGGCCGAAGGCGACGUUAUUGAUGAUAAUGUCUCUAAUAAUGGUACAGUUAGCAAUAAUGGCGUCGGCAUGAUAAGUUGUGCGCCCGCGCUGAUUUUUGUCUUCUGCACGCUACACAUGCGGGUCUGAUAAGCGUUUUUGUUGGGAAAUGAGUAACGAAUUUAUGUUUUAUCAAUUUUGAGUGUGGGUGUGUGUUUGGGCAAACGUGUACGCACAUGUAUGUAUGUAUAUAUUGUUUUUGCAAUUGAUAUGCCAUUGUUUAUUCUUCUAUAAAUUUGUACAAUUUGAUUUCUUUUUCAAAUUGCCAAGAUAAUAAAGUCAACGUCAGAGCGUAAAAUAUCACAGACACAAACCGACAUGCCAUACACACACGCACUUAUAUGUAUAUAAAUAUAUCUAAAUAUAAUAGAUAUCACAGUUAUUUUGACGAGCCUUAUACCAUAUCAAGUUAAGAGCUAGUCCAUAGAAAUAUAUAUUUAUGCUUUCGCAUAUAUUGCAGAUGAUCACAAUA